UUUUAAAGAUAGCAAUGAUAUUAAAACAUAAAUCACUCAAGAUGGUGCAGAAUCCUGGAAGACAAUGAUCAUCAUUAAUAAAUCAUGCAUCAACGUUCGUUCCAAAAUUACAAGGUUUCGCUGGUCUCAUUUGCUGUCUGUUUCAGAGUUGAACAAUCUUUGCUCCCAAGAUUUGCAUUAUUUUGCUGGCUUUAUGGCAGUCUAAACUCAUCUUAAUCUGUGCUGUUACGCUCAGCAAAUAUCACAAGGUGUAGUAAAUAUAAAAACGUUGUUUCUAUGGAUUCAUCAUAAUCUCGACGUUCAGUGUAAUCUAGUCUGCCUCGUGAAAUGCUCGUUCCAAAUUUACAAGGAGUUAUUCUAGUAAAAACAAGACUAAAUUCCACCAGGGGAGGGGGUGCAGAUGGCUUUAGUAAUUAAAUCCAUGCCAACUUUUCUAUUCGCACUGAUCCACAGAUGCAAAAUGUGGGAAUUUUGGACGUUGCUUGCAUUUCUGAAGAGUGUGCAUCACUGCUGGCAUUGACAGGCAUUACCAAAGAAUACUGUCCUAUCAAAGGCAAUUAAAAAAAACACCCCAAAGCACAUGAGAUUUUGAAAGUAAGCCUCAAGGUUCAGUUGCACUUGUAACGUGGGCCACUGCCGGAUGUGUGAGGGUCUGUUCAACUUCUGCACGGUAAAACACGCACAGGGUAAAAAAUCUCUGCGCCGAUAAUGAGUUCCUUUUUCUCCUUUUUCUUUCCAGUAAGAUAGUGAAAACAAAAUGUGGAAUGAAGCCUUAACCAGUUCCAUCUGCUGUUAUGGGGUGAGAAGUCAUAGCCUGUGGCAAGUUCGGCUCUCUCCCAGCAGUCUGUACAACCUGUGUGUUCUGGCCCAUAAGCACUGUGCAGAAACAGGGCUGUCCCAGUCACAAACCACUGAAAAUCUAGAUCAGUCGUAAAAUAUCGUUUGAUGAUAAAUGCUGAGUGCAAUUGGGGUAACCAUUCCCGAGUGGAAUGCGUGGAACUGAGAAAAUGCAAAUAAAAGUGGACUGCCUCUUAACCUCUGUAGCCACCCACCAGAACAUAUUGGAAGCUCCCACUCUCUCACAACUGCAGCCUAAGUAAACCUAAUAUGCUUAAUACAGCUGCAAGGUUGGGCUAUUAGGGGCAAAAUGUCUCUACCCGUCAUGCAGCCUGACAAGGAUUGUUUUACAUCUGCCUUAACAUGCCGCAGCAUACGUCCUCUCGAUUAGGCUUCUUAUCUUCAGCAAGCUAUAUCACAUGCAGGUUGCUGGCAACAGAAUGGCCGGGAAGGCAAAUGACAGCUCCAUCAAAUGGCAGCUGUGCUAUGACAUGUCAGCCAAGACGUGGUGGAUGGAUGAAUUCCAUCCAUUCAUCGAGGCACUUCUCCCGCACGUCCGUGCGUUUGCCUACACAUGGUUCAACCUGCAAGCUCGGAAACGAAAGUACUUCAAGAAGCACGAGAAGCGGAUGACAAAGGAUGAGGAGAGAGCGGUGAAGGACGAGUUAUUGAGCGAGAAAGCGGAGGUGAAGCAAAAGUGGGCCUCGAGGCUACUGGCCAAACUGCGCAAGGACAUCCGUCCAGAGUACCGUGAGGAUUUUGUGCUGACCAUCACUGGGAAGAAGGCUCCCUGCUGUGUUCUCUCAAAUCCGGACCAGAAAGGCAAAAUAAGACGCAUAGAUUGUUUACGGCAAGCGGAUAAAGUUUGGAGGUUGGAUCUGGUGAUGGUGAUCCUGUUUAAAGGGAUCCCUUUGGAAAGUACUGAUGGAGAGCGUCUGGUGAAGUCCCAACAGUGUAGUCACCCCAUGCUGUGCGUUCAGCCCCAUCACAUAAGUGUUUCAGUUAAGGAACUUGAUUUAUACUUGGCAUACUUUGUGCAAGAAAGAGAAUCAGAGCAAAGUGGCAGCCCAAGGACAGCUAUCGGCUCUGAAUCUGAUGACACCAAGCCAGGAACUAUUGAACAUACCGAGUUUCAAGAAAGUUUUGUGACUUCAGGUGUCUUCAAUGUAACGGAGCUGGUGCAAGUAUCGAGAACCCCCAUUGUGACGGGGACAGGGCCGAAUUUCUCUCUUGGAGAGUUACAAGGGCACUUGGCCUACGAUCUGAAUCCACCAAGUGCAGGCAUGAGGAGAACUCUGCCAAGCAGCUCUUCGAGCGGGAGUAAGAGACACAAGUCAGGCUCAAUGGAAGAUGAUAUUGACACUAGCCCGGGGGGAGAGUUUUACCCGUCUCCCAGCUCACCAGCCGGAAGCAGUCGGAACUGGCAAGAGGAGAUGGAAGGAGGGAUCUCCCCUACAGUGAAGAAGAGCGAGAUGGACAAAUCUCCGUUUAACAGCCCCUCUCCACAGGACUCGUCUUCACGAUUGGGUAGCUUCACACAGCAUCACCGCCCCGUGAUCGCCGUGCACAGUGGUCUCGCAUCAAGAAGCCCGCACGCCUCUUCAUCGUUGCAUUUUCCAACAACUUCCAUCCUUCCCCAGAGUGCUUCCGGCUACUUCCCCCACACAACGAUCCGGUUCCCACCUCAUCUCAAUCCACAGGAUCCUCUCAAGGACCUGGUCUCCCUUGCCUGUGAUUCAUCCAGUCAACAGCCUGGCCCGACUGGGAGGGAGGGCGAGAGAUCCACGGACUUCUCCAUGACUUCAGUGACAAUCCCACUCCGCGCGCAGAUGAGGGGACGAGUGCUUCCUGCCGAACGAGACACCCUGUGUCAGUUGUUCUACUCCCCGGGACCUGGGGAGUGUUAUCCUCAUGUGAAGCUAAAUGGCAGCGGCCAAGUGGUGAGCAAAGUCCCGAGCCACUACAUUUCCACAUCGAUGUUGGCUCCCCCGCCCCCCCCAACCAUGGCCAGAUCGGUAACUUUGGCGAUGCCACCUGACACCAAACCAACCAUCACAACCACAGAGGGUGGAGCCAGCUCUCCAACAUCACCCACGUACACAACACCUGGCACACCCCCAGCUAACCGAUCCUUUGUGGGAAUAGGACCAAGAGAUCCUGGUAGCCUUUAUCAGCCACAGUCCUGGUAUCUGGGAUAGUUGAAGUCCACCUUCCAAGUAUUACAGAAGCUGUGUGAUCAGGUUUCAAGAAACAUGGUUGAGCGCCGAUUUCAAGUUUAAAACGGAGAGAAACAAGGGAGAAGGUUAUUCAUCCGCUCGCCUUGAAAAGAAAAUGUAAAGUCAGAAACACUAUCUAUCAUCCUACCAACAUGUUCCGAAGAUGGGUGCAAUUCACUUCUUCCAUUGGCUGAUGCUUAGCCUGAGGUUCCCUGUCUGUUUUAUGCAAAUAAGCCUUUAUAUUUCUUUAAAAAAUAAUAAUAAUUACA